AUGGUUGGUAUUCCGCCCCCGGGUCAUCGCCUUCGCCAUCGUGAUCCCCUCCGCCUUGCCCUGCCAUCCCGUUCCAUUUUCUCCUUGGGUCUGUCUGGCUGGGUCCCUGCCGAGUCCGCCUUUACGCUGAAGCAGCGGGCACGCCCACCCGCGCAUUCUCUCUCACGGAAAGGGCCAGCGCGCCGCCAGUACCGGCACCAGCAUAUGUGGCCAGGAUCAGCAGCGGGUAAGAAGAAGAACGACAAGAACAAGAGGCACAGGGAGAGGAAGAAAGGCAUGAAGAAGAAGAAGAGGCACAAGAAGGCGAGGGACGGGAAGAAGAGGGAGAAUAUAGGAGAUGAGGCAGAGGCUCAGGCUCCUGCUCCUGCUGCCGCCGCCGCCGCCGCCGCCAAUGCAAGUGUCGCCCAAGGUAGCCGCGCCGCGCCUGGCCUUGCCCUGCAUCAUCUCAGUCUCACCCAAUUCUUGAAUGCCCCCAAACAUUAA